UUUCAUAGUUUACCAUUAUGGGCUCACUGAAGAGAAUAUAAGUCUGAAGCAGAGCAGAAACAGUUUAGUUGUGUCUUGUGUAUUUGCUUUGGCUGAGAUAUACUGCUUUUUUGCCUUGACCCAACUUCUAUGUUGAAAGAUGACACUCUGGAACCAGCUGCAGCUGCUGGACUCUCUGUAUUUAGAGCAAGUGGACCAGCUUUACGAUGAGGCCUUUCCAAUGGAGAUCCGACAGUAUCUCAGUCAAUGGAUUGAGAGUCACGACUGGGAAUCAGUUGCAAGUAACGUAUCUUUGGCAACCCUGCGCUUCCAUGAACUCCUAAACCAACUGGAUGAGCACUACAGCCGUCUCAACCUAGGAAACAACUUCCUUUUACAGCAUAAUAUACGCAAAAUUAAGCGUAACCUACAGGAGCACUUCCAGGAGGAUCCUGUGCACAUGGCUAUGAUCAUAUCUAGCACUCUGAAUGAAGAGAGAAAGAUACUGGAAAAUGCACUUAGAAAUCAAGGUAAAGGUGGCUCCUCACAGGGGAGUAUCACGAUGGAACAGCAAAACGAGUUGGACAAUAAAGUCAACAAUUUGAAAACGACCGUGCAGAAAAUAGAACAGGUCAUUCAGGUCCUGGAGGAUGUGCAAGAUGAGUACGACUUCAAGAGAAAUACUUUGCAGAGUCGAGUGGAAGUUGAAAUGAACGGCCAGAUAACAAAAGAGAUCCAGCAGGAGGAAAUGGCAAUUAGACAAAUGUUUGUUGGGCUGAGCAUGAAAAGAGAGGUGGUUAUAAAAGAAAUUGCAAAUGCACUGACUCUAGCCGAGCAGAUCGAGCUCACACUCAUAUCAGAAGAGUUACCUGAGUGGAAGAAGAGACAGCAGAUGGCUUGUAUCGGCGGGCCGCCCAAUGCCUGUCUGGACCAACUGCAGAGCUGGUUCACGGCAGUGGCAGAGUCUCUUCAACAGAUCCGUCAGCAGCUGAAGAAAGUUCAGGAAUUGGUGCAGAAAUUCACCUACAACAAUGACCCCCUCACUCUGGGCAAGAGCCAGCUGGAUGACCAGGCCCUUGCAGUCUUCAAAAGCCUUAUAUUAAAUUCUCUUGUGGUGGAGAGACAGCCUUGUAUGCCGACGCAUCCUCAGAGACCCUUGGUGAUAAAAACAGGAGUUCAGUUCACAGUCAAGAUCAGAUCACUAGUCAAACUCCCUGAACUGAACUGUCAACUCAAAGUAAAAGUCUCUAUUGACAAAGAUUUAACAGAGAAAGACACAAUAAAAGGAUGUAGGAAAUUCAACAUUUUAGGAACAUUUUCUAAAGUUAUGAACUUAGAGGAAUCCAGUGGAUGUCUAGCAGCUGAAUUUCGUCAUUUGCAAUUAAAAGAGAUGAAAAGUAACAACAGAACCAAUGAGACUCCUCUCAUCAUUUCUGAGGAGCUGCACAUACUUAACUUUGAAACUCAACUCAUUCAGUCAGGACUAUGUGUUGAUUUAUCGAUCACAUCACUUCCUGUUGUGGUGAUCUCCCAUGUGAACCAGUUACCUAGUGCCUGGGGCUCCAUCUUAUGGUACAACAUGCUCUGCAGUGAACCCCACAAUCUGUUGUUCUUCUUGAAUCCUCCACCUGUGAAAUGGGGGCAGCUUUCAAAGGUCUUAAGCUGGCAGUUUUCUUCUGCCACUAAGCGAGCGCUGAACUCUGAGCAGCUGAGAACGCUUGCCGACAAAGUUCUUAGUCAUGAAGCCCAAGGUGACCCUGAAGGUCUCAUCCACUGGAAUACAUUUUGUAAGAUGUCUCCUAAUGAGAGGGGUGUCCCAUUCUGGCUGUGGAUAGAUGGAAUUCUGGACCUUAUUAAAAGACAUCUGCUCAACAUCUGGAAUGAUGGGUAUAUUAUAGGGUUUUUGAGUAAAGAGCGAGAGAAGGUUUUGUUGAGCGACAAACUCCCCGGCACUUUCCUUCUGCGCUUCAGUGAAUCCUGUCGAGACGGAGGAAUCACCAUCACAUGGGUGGAGUAUUCACAGGACGGUGAACCUAAGACACAUUCAGUGAAGCCCUACACUAAAUCCGAUCUGGCGUCCAUCUCCUUGCCUAACGUCAUCCGCGACUACACGCUCACCGCUGCACAGAAGAUUCCGGUGAACCCCCUCGUCUACCUUUACCCAGACAUCCCAAAAGAUGACGCCUUUGGUCGCUACUAUAUCAGCUCUUCUGAUGAUACAGAAGAGAUGGAGAUAGACAAACCUAGGUCAUAUAUCAAGCCAUAUAUAGGCAGGCGCAUAAUUUCUGUGUCAGAUGAACCUUUUUCAAGACCCCGUAAGUGUUAAGAGCACCUCAAGGCAAAACUGAUAUGAGGAACGUUUCUCCACCAAUGCAUCUAAAUUUAAUGCAGAGCUUUUUUUAUGGAGGAAAAUGAAUCUGUUUUUAGAAGUAUUGUAUCUGGCACACAGAUAUCUAUAAUGAAUAAUGGAAACAAAUAGUGAUGCCAAAAUUAUUUAUCUUUGCAUGGGUUUUUUUCUAUUUAAGGAUCUACUACAUUUAUUCUCCAUUUGUGUAAAGAAGAGGAGCCAUUUUUUUCCGUCAAAUAACAGAAUACACUUAAAACAGUGUAAUCAUGUUCUUUUUGUUUGUUUGUAUAAAAAUGUGAACAUAUUGUAAAGAAACUUGCAUGUUGCAUGGAUUUGAAUUUUCUGUGUACCAGAAACUCAGUAUACAAAACUCUGAAAAAACUCUUUCUGUGAAGACAUUUGUUUGUGAAAAGGACAUUCUUCUCCAUCUUGUGAAGCACUUUUGCACAUUAAAAUAUCUUUCCAUACAAUUGCCUUAUGAACAUGUACACGUACACCAGCAAGAUACAGUCUAACAGAAAUAAACAUCAACCUACCUUCUACAGUCAGAAAUAAUGCUACAGAUCCAAGCCAGGUCAAUUAGGCAAUGUUACAUACUGACACAUGAAGUAAAAUAAAGAUUAUUAAAUGGUUUAUA